UCUAACGACAUGAAAUAUUCUCUUCUUUCGACUCACCAACUUAGUUUUGUCCAAAGGUCUUAAUUCUGAGAUUGUGGCUAUGGUUGAAGUUGUAAGCUGUAAGUUGGGCAAAUGUGAGAUAAGACUAUAAUAUUAAAAGAUAAGAUUAUAAAUUGACUGAUACAUAGCAACAGAUUUUGGAAAGUGUAAGCGAAGGACAUGAACCUCCUCUGGAGAUUGGUAUCCCCAAAAUUUGGUCCACAAGUUUGUAAAUAUUCAAAAAGGUCACUGAAAUCUGUAAAAUUCCCAUUUGGGUCCUCAAAUUCCCUCUUACAUGGCAUUCAUGUCUUUCAUUGUCCAGAUGAAGUAGGAAUUGUUGCAAAACUAUCUGAUUGCAUAGCUUCGAGGGGCGGAAAUAUUCUCACUGCGGAUGUUUUUGUUCCACAAGACAACAAUGUCUUUUACUCAAGAAGUGAGUUUACGUUUGACCCCGCUAGAUGGCCCCGUGGAGAAAUGGAUGAGGACUUCUUUAAGCUAUCAAAGAUGUUCAAUGCAAUGAAGUCUGUCGUCCGUGUUCCUGAAAUAGAUCCCAAAUAUAAGAUUGCAGUUCUUGUUUCGAAGCAGGACCACUGUCUUGUAGAUUUAUUGCACAGGUGGCAGAAUGGUAGGCUUCCUGUUGACAUAACCUCUGUAAUAAGCAACCAUGAUCGAGGUCCAGAUGCUCAUGUGAUUCGGUUACUUGAAAGGCAUGGAAUUCCAUACUAUUAUUUGCCAACAACUAUGGGGAAGAAAAGAGAAGUAGAGAUCUUGGAUUUAGUUCAUGACACUGAUUUUUUGGUACUUGCAAGAUACAUGCAGGUAUUCUCUGCAGAGUUCUUAAAAAGUUAUGGAAAGGAUAUCAUUAAUAUUCAUCAUGGCCUUUUGCCAUCAUUCAAAGGUGGGAGUCCUUCUAAGCAGGCUUUUGAAGCUGGUGUUAAGUUGAUCGGUGCAACAAGUCACUUUGUUAGUGAAGUACUUGAUGCAGGCCCUAUCAUCGAGCAAAUGGUUGAAAGAGUUACCCACAGAGAUAAUUUGCAAAGCUUUAUUCAGAAGUCUGAGGAUCUUGAGAAACAGUGUCUAGUAAAAGCGAUUAAAUCAUAUUGCGAACUACGUGUUUUACCAUAUGAGAAAGAAAAGACUGUUGUAUUUUAAGUAUAACUGAAGAGAGAACGAGGGUAUUCAACAUAAUUCUCUCUAAAUUUAGUCUGUCAUACAGGAAAGUUGUAUGUUAGUCUUGUGAAACUAGUAUACGAUUAUACAACUAAUUUGUACAACACAUUAUUAAGCAAAACUGAAGAAUUGACUGGUUUGUACCAAUUCAACAAACUUUUUAGACCUUUACAUAAAUAGUUGGUCAGACUCAUUGUUUGCUUUUCCUAGAUGGUAUACAAAGAUUAUACACA